CACAGUUCAAAUAGAAACAUAAAUAAUAUUAGUGAAAUAAAUAAUAUAUAUAAUAAUAUAUAAUAUAAUUAAUAAAUAGCAAUAAAUAGAUAAAUACGUUAUUUAGAAACCACACAAUAUAUUAAAAUAUUGAUUUUGUAAAAGUUUUAAUUCUUUUAAUGAUGUUGAACCAUCCCUUUAGUUUAAUAUCACUCUGCCCCUUUAAGACACUUUCACAGCUAUGCACGAGCUGUUUUGUUUUGUUUUGUUUUGUUUUUUUAACAUUAACGGCAGAAGCUAACGGAAAAUCGAUAAGAUACACACGGAAUCCAGACACCUUAAACUAAACUCCAAAAUUAGGCUUAUUUAACACUUCUAAUAUUUUGUUCAUCGAGAAUCAUCCCUAUAACAUCUUAGCGGUGGUUUUGAGGAGUGUUUUGAAGACGGUUUUGGCCAGGUUUUUUUCCCCUACACGGAAAAGUUUGUGGACAGCUCGACGCCGGAUCGGACCUUUGGAUAAUCAGCGUAUUGCGAGACAGCAUACGAAUGAACAGAUAUUUCAACUGGAUACUAGAUGGCGAGCCAACCCAAGGAUCUCUAACCUGCAAGAACUGAAACACCGCAUUCUGAUCGCUUACACGGUUUGACCUGAACAAAGUGAACCACUGAGCUAUAUUCUUUUAAUCACAUUGGACAUUGACCUUUGAACACAUCGAAUUGGACGGAUCCUCUGAACUGAAAUUCUGAAAUUGCAACACAAUAAUUUAGAUUUAUUGAAUAGAGAAAUUGGUGAAUAGGUGAAUGUAUGAAUGAAAAUUUGUUGAUGUAUUGUAUUUUUUUUUUCUUUUAUGUUUUCUGUUAAAGUGAGACUCCAAAGUGUAGCAAUUGCACAAACAAAAGAAACAUUUAAAUCCUUACAUUUUACCUGCAAAGAAAGAGUUAGACCCUAUAAAGUGAAACAAUCACACUAACAUAAGCACACUAAAAUACGUACCUGUUCCCUUAAAGAAGAGUUAACUUAAAAGAAAACUAGAAACAAAUAGCUUAAAAAUAGUUAAAGCAACUGUUCUAAAAGAGCUGAUUAAAAUUUAAUAGACCGGUCUAAGAACAAAACUAACCAGAAUAAACCCAUACUUAAACCAGUUAAAUCCAUUUAAACUUAUUUAAAUAAGAAAAGAUUAAAUAUAAAGGAUUUAAAAUUAUUUAUUAUACAUAUCGUACUGUAAAUAUUUAUUGAUUAUUUAUUGACAGACAUCUUUUACUGUAAAUAUUUAUUGAUUAUUUAUUGAUCUACAUUUUGUGGGGUACAUAUUUAUCAAUACAUUUAUUGAAUAACUUAUAUUGAUAUAUUUAUUUAAUUAUUCUAUUUAUCUUACUAACUUACCUAUUCCAUUCUUAUUCCUGUUCAGUAAACUGCUAAUUAAUUUAUAUAAGUUUUCAUGUCUCAUGUGUCUUUUCUAAUAUAACAUACACCACUCAACGAACCUAGAACUGGUCCAGUAGCAUAGUUAUUACGAUUGCAGUGACAUAAGUGCUACAUAAAAUUUGGCGAGCCAGCAGCCAGGAGUGGUAUUAAUCAAAAUAAAAUAGAGUUAAAACUAGAGUCUAACCUUAACGAGACAUGGAAGCAGUCCAGCAUAACAAUGUAAAAGUCCCUAAUGCUGUUAUCGUUAGUGGCAUUACCGAUACAGAAACAGAUGAAGAACUUUUUGACUUUCUUAAGCAAUAUGGUUCCAUCGAAAGAAUAAUUCCCAUAGACUCCACACACACAGCACACUCAGACAAGCAAGUCAUUAUAGAAUAUAGAUAUGGCACAGCUGUACAGGCACUUGCAUCUUUAUUGCCCUACACACUUGACACUAGUUCCCCAGCUAAAUACAGUUACUGCAUUAGAACCCUAGCUAGUGUCUACACACCUGUAGUUAGCAAAACAGCUACACAGACCUACCUCUCUGAGCUGAAGGAGAUAGCAAAGCAGACUGGCAAGGACCUUGCAACUCUCCUUAAAGAAGAACUCUCCAUCAUCAGCAAUGCUGUUGACCUCGAGAAUCCCGAGACUCAAAGGGACAGCAUGGAAUUGAAAUCACCUGAGCAACAUCUUCCACAAAGAGCCACACAGGUUGGCCCUCAGAACACAUUUCCAGAGCAGCAUGUCCAGCCAGGCGGCGACUGGGCGCCACCUCCAGCACCAGCCAAAGAGACACCAUCUGUUCUGAAACUCUGUGACAUGAAUCCACCAGAAAUUCAGAAAGUAAUCAUUGAACACAUUGUGCGAAAUGAAGACUCUGCUAUGCAUGUAAACACAGCCCUAAGAAUCCGACCCUUUUCUGGGCAUCUCCCUAGACCCAACAAUGAGGCAGAUUAUGAGACCUGGCGCUCUAAUGUGGGACUUCUUCUCAAAGACACUAGGCAAUCAGACCUGCACAAAUCACGGAAGCUCCUUGAAAGCCUCUUGUCACCUGCCAUUGACAUUGUGAAGCACCUGACACCCGAAACACCUCCAAGUGUAUAUCUGGAUAUCCUGGACUCUGCAUUUAGCACCGUUGAAGAUGGCGACGACCUAUUUGCAAAGUAUCUCAAUACAAUGCAAGACAGUGGUGAGAAACCCUCAACUUACCUCCAACGGCUGCAGGUGAUGUUGAAUGCCACCCUCAGGAGGGGGGGUGUCUCUGCAAGUGAGUUUGACAGGCAGCUUCUGAGACAAUUUGUCAGAGGUUGUUGGGACAACACCUUGAUAUCUGAGCUGCAACUGGAGCAGAAAAAGCUAAAUCCACCUACCUUUGCAGAACUGCUGCUGUUACUCCGCACAGCAGAAGACAGGCGAGCUUCCAAAGCAUCUCGGAUGAAGCACCAUCUCAGUUCCUCAAAACCCAAGGUGUCAUCCCAUUACCAAGGCAUUUGUGUGCAGUAUGAUGAAGAAUGCAGUACAUCGCAUUUACCUUCUCCUUCACCAGAGAUUCAAGAUCUGAAAAGGCAAAUAGCAGAUUUACAAACCCAGCUUGCACGUGUCACGCAGAAAAGUCAAAGAAAGAACCAAGCUAAGCCAGCUCCCAAACUGAAGGUGCCCACACCUGGUUUUAUGGGAGUUCAGACUCCCACACCUCACAGCCAAGAUGAAAAGACCAACAGCAGCAGGAGACCAAAACCUUGGUACUGCUUCAGGUGCGGAGAGGAUGGACACAUCAAGCCACAGUGUGAUGGUGAACCAAAUCCCUCUCUGGUAGCCUCAAAAGGAAAGCUGUUGAAGGAAAAGCAGCAAGCAUGGGAUGUUGUAAACAGCACUUCAGAGCCUAAGAAUUUUUAGAGCCAGU